CCCCUGGCUGAGAUAUAUAUUUUUUAUAAAUAAAAAUGUUUAAGAUAGGCCAGGCAUGGUGGCUUGCAUCUGUAAUUCUAGCACUCGGGGAGGCUAAGGCAGGAGGAUCACUCAAGCUCAGAAGUUUGAGACCAGCCUGAACAAGACAACAGCCUGUCUACUAAAAAGAAAAAAUAGAAAAAUUAGCCGGGCAUAGUGAUGCACACUGUAGUCCCAGCUACUGGUGAGGCUGAGGCAGGAGGCUCAUUUGAACCCAGAGUUCGAAGUUGCUGUGAGUUAGGCUGACGUCAUGGCACUCCAGCUUGGGCUGCAGAGUUGAGACUCUUAUCUCAAAAGAAAAAAAAACAGGACUUCCACGCACACUGAAGAUGGCGGCAGCUGUGGGCAGGUUGCUCCAGGGCUCAGUUGCUCGACACGUGAAUGCCAUCCCUUGGAGCAUUUCUGCUCCUACAGCCCUUAGGCCUGCCGCUUGUGGAAGAACACAUUUGACAAACAUAUUGUGGUCUGGUUCUAGUCCAGCCUUUAGCACCAGUUCCUCAUACCAUGCACCUGCUGUCACCCAGCAUGCACUCUAUUUUAAUGGUACAGCCGUUGUCAAUGUGGAGUUCAAAGACCUAAGCCUUGAUGACUUCAAGGGAAAAUAUUUGGUGCUUUUCUUCUAUCCUUUGGAUUUCACCUUUGUGUGUCCUACAGAAAUUGUUGCUUUCAGCGACAAAGCCAAUGAAUUUCAUGAUGUAAACUGUGAAGUUGUUGGAGUCUCAGUGGAUUCCCACUUUACACAUCUUGCCUGGAUAAAUACACCAAGGAAGAAUGGUAGUUUGGGCCACAUGAACAUCGCACUUCUGUCAGAUUUAACUAAACAAAUUUCCCGAGACAACGGUGUGCUGUUAGAAGGUCCUGGUCUUGCACUAAGAGGUCUCUUCAUAAUUGAUCCCAAUGGAGUCAUCAAGCAUUUGAGUGUCAAUGAUCUCCCAGUGGGCCGAAGUGUGGAAGAGACACUCUGUUUGGUGAAGGUGUUUCAGUUUGUAGAAGCCCAUGGCGAAGUCUGCCCAGCAAACUGGACACCAGAUUCUCCUACAAUCAAGCCAAAUCCGACUGCUUCCAAAGAGUUCUUUGAGAAGAUAAAUCAGUAGAUCACCCCAUGUGUACCUUCUCAUGCAAGAGUAGAAGCGCAGUUGGAACCGGCUUUUAGCAUUUCAGAGAUGAACCAAUUAUGCUUGUAUUCAUAAAUAUUUCCCUAAAUAUUUGGUUUUGUAAUGCUAGCUAAAGCUUUUAAAAUGUGGUUAGUCGCUAAUAUGAAGAGUUCUUUAUUGGUAACAUCUUGAUGGCUAACUAGCUAGUUUCUACAGAAUGUUUAGUUGAGAUCUUGUCUCUAAAGGAUAAAGGAAAUGCUCUUUUUUCUUAGCCUUACUUAAACCUUUGUCUACACCAAAGUAGUACAACAAGCUUUGCAAGCUUCUGAUCAAGGGUCCUGAAAUUUUCUCUUUGAAUUUCUUUGCAUUACACCAAAUCAUCUUUUAAGGUAAUGAAAGUCACAGUUUAAGUUAUUCACAUCAACAGUCUAAUUUAACUCUCACAAUGGAUGUAUGUGUGAUUGAAACAAACGUGAAUCAUGUUAUUAAAAAACCACAGCAACUAAGUGACUUAACUGAUCAUGUGGGAUCCUCAUCCCUGAGAUUAAUAGUUCACAUAGUCAUUUUACUGAUUUUAUUCAUUAACUAACUUAGUGUCUACCUAUGUUUCUAGGUAUUGAUUAGGUGUGAUAUAAAGGAUAUUUAUUGAAUCCAGAGAUUGCAUUUUGAAAUUAUUAUAAUUAUUUUCUUUCUUGAAAUGUUUAUUGUAAAAUAUAUAAUAAAAACAAUUUGCAUUUCAACACACACAAAACAAAGAAAAAACAAAACAACAACAAAACCCCAGAAAAAUAAUGUUUAAGAUAAAAGCCUUAGGAUGUUAGUGGAACUGAGAUCCUGAGCUAGUCUGAUUAUCAGGCUAAGAGUUUGUUAAUUGCUUUUUCUUUAUCAGCCAAAGACAUUUGCUGAACUAACAAGCAUGGGUGUCAGCCUCUGAGGCCAGGGGUAGCCACACAUAUGUACAUUUUCUUUCUCAAACUUAUAUCUCUGACCCAAAUCAAAACCAAACUUAAAUCACAAUAGGAGUAGACCUUGGGAACCUUGGGAGUAUGGAAGGAGGUAGUAUAGGUACUUUAUAGCUGAAAGCAGGAGAGGAAGAAAAUGCAGGCAAAACCCCUUGGGAAGGCAUUUCUGGGGCUUCUAUAAGCCAUGUGGAAGCAGUCCCAACCCUGACACACCUACUAAAGCAGCAAAGUUUCUCUUGGAUCUUAACUGCCACCAGCAUAUCUUCCCUAACUGCCAACUAAAUCAGGCAAUAACUGAGCAAGCUUGAAGACAUGACUUCUAGCUGCCAGAAGCAGAAACAGAGAGCUUUCUAGACUGAAGUAAAAGCAGGGUCUGUCAGAGCCGGAAGGUCCUAAAGCAUAGAGAAUAUAUCUUAGUAAUAAGCCUUCCUCAUUCCUGAAAUAAAAGCUAAAAGUAGGAGCCCUAUGGCUAGCGCAAAACAGAACUGAAGGAGAGAUGAGGGAGAUACCUACAAGUAAAGUAAAUAUAAGACAGCCUAAAUUAGGGCACGAUGCUGUAGGCAGAAGUGCUAUCUUCCUCAUCCAGAAAACCUUAAAUUCCUAUACAACAAGACUGUAGGCUCUGGAAGGUACCAAGUGAGCACCCACACCUGGUCCCCCUUCCAUGCUGAUUGUGUUCUUAGAGAGGAGCUUUAAGUGACAUCUUAAAAGAGGGUCCCAAGAACAUCUACUACAAGAACUUGUAUUUAAAACCGUCCUGGGGGUCACUAUAGCUCAAUGGUUAGGGUGCCAGCCACAUGUUC